AUGGCGUGUCCGGGCGACAGCGAGGUGGAGAUGUUUGAAACCGAUCCUGUAAGAACUCUGGGAGAAAUCCUUGCUUACUGUCAGGUGAUGUAUGAAGCCAUUCAGAAACUGGAUGAGAAGUUUGAGAUGCUGCAUGCUCGAGUCAUUCACGUUUCUACAGAUCAGCCCAACAUUGAGGAAGAGCCACCAAGUUUACAGAUCUACACACCAGACAGUGCAGAGUUCUGCUUCCAAGACAACCACUCAGCUGAUUUUCUCCAUCACCAAACCCUACAUCCCUACGUUUCUCCUCCUGUGGAGGAUUCAAACAUUCCCAUUAUUAGUAACACCUCAGAAAAACCCAAACACUCCCAACCAGAUCCACAGAUUCAGUCUCAACCCUCAGCUUUAACCGCCACCCAGCCUCGAACUGUAAGGGAGAUGCUGCUACAGCAGCGCCACAUCAGUCCAGAUGAUGAUCUGAUCUCAUACACCGAACGCACGACCUCUAAAUCUCCUCGAACUGUAAAGGAGAUCCUUCAGCAGCGCAGGAAAAGGUCGGAUACACCUCGCUCAAGACGCACCAAAAUGCACACCGCAAACCCAGGUAGAAAGUUUGUGAUCCCGAGCAGCGUUUUGACGAGGGCGAGUACGAUUCUAAAGCCGACGGCGGCGGCCCGAUUCCUCCUGCAAAGCCUCUUCUCCCAGCAGGAGCUUCUGCAUGGAAGCAUUAAAGGAUACGUGGCCAAAGGACUGAAAAAACUCGACCCUGAGAAGAUCAGCGCCAUCCGAGAGUGGGUGCAGAAGGCGUAUCCGAAACUGGACUUCAGUGAGGAAGGGAAAGACUGGAAAGCCUGUACGACUGUUAUGAAUGAAGGAACCAGAUACAUCCGACUGAAGGACAGGAAACGAAAGGUUCAUGAUGUUCUACAGAAAGAGUGCAGAGCAGAAGAGCAAUGCGAGGCCAGAGAACAGAAGCGUAAUGCAGCGGGAGAGAGGAAUGUAGAAACCGCGUCGGUCCACUCCUUCAAACUCGAACCGACGGCCGAGAUCGACGUGGAACUAUCGGACAGCGACAGCGACGAUCUACAGCAGCUGAUGGCUCAGAAGACGCGACUCAAACUGGAGUCGGACAAAGAGGAAGAGUCCGAAAACGAAGACUCGUGUGAAGUGUAUCUGGGGAGCCCCGAUCGGGAGGUGAAGGUGCCCCAGUAUGCGAUGCUUUUAGCUUUACAGCGCCAGACUCCCACGCUCGUCGCCCGCCAUCUUAUCAGGUUCCUUUUCCCCGAGGACUUGCUGGUGCAGAGCAACGUGUACGGUAACGGCAAGCAUGGCAUCCAGCCGCUGGACCACAAUAAGAUCUCAGCACUGAGGGAGCACAUGUGUGAGCGUUUCCCCGGGAUGAGGCUGGACGAAGACGGACCCGGCUGGAGGGCGUGCGUGCUCGCCAUCAACAGCGCGAUCCGCAAGACCAGGCACGCUCGCAAGAAAUGCCACACCCAAACACAGGAACUGGACACGUCGUCAUGACUAUGAGCGUCGCCGAAGGAUCUGCUGUGUGGAGCGCUAGAGCAGAGUGAGCGAGCGAGCAUAGCAGACGGACAGAAUAAUAG